UGGGCUCGGGAGCUCAGUGGGUUUUUUUUCUGCUUUUUCUCUCACAAAAGUGUCUCCGAAUUAAUUUUUAUGAUCGGAGGGGAUUUUGUUUUAAAAUAAUGCCGUAAAUGAUGCAAAGCAAACGCCGCCGGCCUUGUCGUCUGGAGGUUGCAGCCUUGGCAGAGAAUAUUUAAGAGGGAAAAUACACAGAAGAUGAGAUCAGCACAGUACCCAACCCCAGCAGAAUUGGAUGCAUAUGCUAAGAAAGUUGCCAACAAUCCACUGACUAUAAAAAUCUUCCCAAAUAGUGUCAAAGUACCACAAAGGAAACACCUCCGUCGUACGGUGAACGGUUUAGAUACUUCGGGCCAGCGAUUCAGCCCUUAUCCUUCUCAGGCCAGUUCACAUCGUGGUUUACUCGCGAUCGUCAAGCUGCCCACGAGAAGGAUUGUGAAAGACUUUGACGGAACCCGCGCGAGGUUGCUGCCGGAUAUGAACCCCCCGUCUGCUCCGUACGCUGCACCUAGCACUUUAUCCCACCCCCAAAACAUGCUGCUGCAACCGGGUUUACAUGGAUACCGGAAGAUGCGCCCAGACGGGGAUGCCCCUCCCAAUGUCACGGUGUCUACCUCAACCAUUCCGCUCUCCAUGGCUGCUAACCUGCAGCAGAAUAGGCCCUCUGACUUGAACAGCAUUGUGCACCAGAUAUACCAGAUGUGCCAGGCCAGCGCGGGCCUUACCACUACCUCAGUCUGUGAGGGACAGAUCGCCAACCCCAGCCCCAUCAGCCGUAAUGUGCUGAUCCACGCCAGCACCCGCGUGUCUGGCCACGGUGUGCCGGGUCACCUGCCUCCCUGCAUUGUAAAUCCCGGUGACCCAACCAUCACCAUGACGGCCAUUGCCCCUGGCGGUGUUGCCAUGGGCAAUAUGAACAGGAUGCAAGCAGCCUACCAGAAUGACAUAGAUUCUGCCACAUGGCAUCAGCACCAAUUGGCACAGUUGCAACAUCUGACCAGAGACACUGCUGGCACAGGGCAUCCCAACAAGCUCCACAGAGAGAUUUCUGGAGCUGGAUUCACCAGCAAGACGUUGAGUUACCCUGCUGAGCUGUGCCUGGGCCAGCCUUACAAUCUGAAGGUUCCUGGGGAUAAAUUGUCGCCAUCGCCCCCGGUCAACGGAAUCCAAGGGGCUUUGCCAUACUCCAACGGGCAGUACUUCCAGCCAAUAUGGAACAACAUCCUUCCGACUCCCAACAGCGACAGCUCCGGGUCCCAGGACCUGGGGAUGGUGUUUCAUGGAGGAGCCUCGGGCCCAGUGGACUGCGUGGCGGGGACUCACUUUCGAGCUGGAGCUGGUUCCUCCAGCCAAACGAAUGUCCUGCAGACCGUGGACUAUCUGGGUGGGGACUACCAGAACUCCUGCUUUAGGGACCAGACUAUGGGGAUGCUGGGGAAGGUCCACAGGCCCUCCAUCAGCCGAGGCCCAGAACCAAAUCUUAAUCAGAAUAGUCAUAUUCACCACCAUGUGUACAGAUGAGCUGGGUUCAAGUAACUGUGGUGCUCUAGUCAGUCUUAACAGCAAUUUUGAAUCAUAUUAUUUGUGUUAAUGCCUUUUGAUUGCCAAACUUGUCAGUGAUUUGUUUUUUUAACUUUGUUUUGGAAAAAUGAUUCUUGCAAACCAUUUUUUUCUCGUCCUUUUUUGUGAGGAAAAAUAUUUCAUGAGAUUGAAGCCUGUGUGUCUAGCCACCACCUUGAUGUCUGAUUAGAAACCGGCUUCAGUGACAGGAUUGGAGGGGGGAAAGAAUGCAAAACAGAUGCAAUCUUGCAAAAACAUCUGCAGUGCCAGAAUCUUUGAUUUGAAGUGAGGUGUGAAAAGCUGAUGGCAGCUGUUGAAUUAUCUGGCAAGUGUCCACACAUCACUCACUAGCACUAGCAGGGUUUAGUGUAAAACUGCACAAUUGUCCCCAUUAGUAGCUCGCGAGAGAAAUGUAGGAGCCCCAUUAUACCACUUUACGGCACGUCAGCAUAUUUAUCUGAAUUUUCUUUUGCAUCCACUGUACUGUUUUCCUACCAGCAAGUUGUGGUGAUGUGGCUUCUGCUUAACAAUUUUAGUGGUUUCCCCCACCCCCUCCUUUAUCCCACUUGUACUGCUGGCUUGUAGCAGGCUCUAAUCUCUGAACUGCAGAGCUCUGUUUAACCCUGAUGGAUGAUCCAUUUGCAGAGCUGUCACCAAGAGGGAAAAUGUUCAGUGUGAUAUUUAUGAUCCAAGAAGUGACAGAUUGAAAACUCAUUUAAAUCUGCAGAGCUGUUUAUUUUUUUCUCUGCAAUGUAGAUCAAAAUAGGCCAUAGUUUCAAAGCAAAAUGACGAACUGUCACUGCAGAUGACAGUGCAGUCUGGGUUUUAUGGUAAUUUAUUUUAAGGCCUUUUGUGCUCUCCUUUCACCCUCUGUAUCUUUCUGUUACUCCUCCCUCUCUUUCAUUUUCUUUCAGGGAGAGGGAGAAUUGAAGGCCAAGUGAAAGAAAUAAGAGCCUGUGGACUCAGCAGUGAAGGGCAGUUAUAAGUUGAAAUGCUAACUUCCUCUCUCAUGGGCCAGUCACACUGACAAGCUCCCUUUGACCAACCAUCGCUCAGUGGAGAAGGUUGUGCAUGUGAGUUUUUUUAUUUCGGGUGGGUGGGGGGUGGUGGUGCAGUGAGUGACCCACCCCAGGGUGCCUUUUAUGUAAAGCGCACACAUUGCCAAGAAUGAUGGGUGUUAGAUGUUUGAAAAGGCAGCUUCUUGGUUAUUUGCAUCAGGUUAUGCAGUGUUUGCUGUCGAGUCAGUAUUUCUGAAAUCCCUGCAUUUAUGGUCCAUAGAGAGUGGCAUGCACUAUCCCCAUUAACUUUUAGUGCUGUAAGUAUUUUAGGUUUUUGUUAACGCCCAGGUAUCCAUCCUACUGAGAAGUGUGGUAUGGAGAGUUAGAGCAAUCCUGCUGAAUCAUAAGAGGUGCACUGUGACCCAUUGUCACCAUGAAAACUGUCAAGAGUUCUCGCUCAUAAAGCCCCUCUCCUUGCUCCCUGCUUUAUUGACCUUUGUUGGUUUGCCAUCGUGUAAUAUCGUGCCUUCAAAAAUCUGCAGUGCUUGGGGUGGCUGAGAGGAGACAUAUUUUGACUUGCACCAGGUAUGUUUGUAAUAAGAGUGACCAUGAAACUUUCGUUGCUAAUCCAAAUGGUUCACGAGCGUCCUUUUGGGGACAGAAGCCUGUUGCCUUGGUCUGGGCUUGUAUGCAACUUCAGUUUCACACCAAUGUAUGGCCUAACAAGUUGCUCAAUUGCAUCACAAAUUUCCACAAAGAACGCAGUGUUUCAGGAAGAAGGCAGCCUGCCUGCAGCUUCUCGGGGUAAAUGAGGAUGGACAAUAAAUGCUGGACUUGCCAGUGAUGUCCACAUAAAAAGAAUGAUUUUUUUUAAAAAAAAGAAACUAGCAAAUGCACAAUGAAUUGUUUAAACUCAAAAUCCAUGCACUGAAUCAGUCAGCAACAGAUUGUGCAGUUAAGUCUUCCUUUAGAUGAGGCUGUCUUAAAUUCAUGAAUCCUCCUCGAUGGCAAAUGAACUGGAGAAACCACCAGGUGCGGAGGCCCUGCAUUUGAGUCCCAGAAUGUUUUGCUGAUCACUGCAGUUGACUUUAUUGUCCUGGGGCAGCUGUUCUCAGCAGAUUUCCGCUCCCAGUUGCUCUCUAAUGACCGCCACCUGGGCUAGUCCUUGUGGAUGUUGAAUGUUUCAGUCGCAUCAGUGAUGCCCUACACAGUCAAAUGACAUGGCACUUCCUGUCUGGGGAAGUAACUACUGGGGAGAAGGUGCCAGAGGAAUGUUAAAACCAAUGCAUUCAGAGCUGAAUAGAAGUUGGAGGAAAUUGAGAAGAAUCCUUUUUAAAUGCUCAAAUCACAAGGAACUCUUAACUGCAAAAUCUGAAAAUGCUAUUUGAUUUUGCCUCUCCACUCCCUCGACAUUAAAUGGGUGAUUCUGGAUAAUCCAUUUAUACAGCUGCUAUUUCUGGUCAUCAGAGGGAGACCUAUCCUUGGAAUACAUGUUAUAAAUUCCAUGUCCAUGCGAUACUUUAUUCCUCAUCACUGGUCUGCCUGGAAGGCUUAAAGUAAUAAUUUCCACUGGUGGUCCUCAAUAAACAAAAUGAAUUUUAAUUGCAGACAAGUUUGGCAACAAAUGCAUAAAUGCAUUCUUAUUUUUCUCUUCAAUACACUGGCUGAAUAUUGCUAUACUACUGUAACUUUAAAAAAAAUUAAGUGUAAUUCUGUAUGAAUGUUGCCUGUUAGUGAGGGUCCGAGUAGCAGCAGUUGUGUACGAGCGAUGCCAUUGACACCUGCAAGUCAUUGGUCGGUCUCUCUCAAGCCCAUUGAAAAGCCUUAAGUCUUUGCUCUCUUCAGAGCUGUUAUAAUGGUUUGAAAAUAGAAAGCUGGCAUUGUUUUCAGCACAAAGCUACUGUUGGAUAGCAACAAUCAUUCUCGAGUGGUUCUCUUAACCAACAAAAUAAUUAGAUUUGGAAAAUUUUGUUCAAUAGUUCAGGGUUGUAACAGGUUCUGCUGCACCCCCCCCCCCCGGCCUCAAGGCUUCAAAGCUUUAAUGAUGUUGACUUGUUCUGCGAUAAAUGUUGUGUGAUUGGAGUCACUAUUUGAUAAGCUUGGUCAGGUUAGUACUGUGUGUCAAUGCUGCCAGACAAACACUGAAAUGGUGCCUGUUUAUGCUUGCAUUUAAAGGUGCACUUCACAAUGUCUGCAGAUGGUGGCUGUUCAUCAACUGUGCAGCACAUUCCUGUUUAUUAUCUUGUUUGCCCUGACUCUUAUCCCCUCUCACAACCACCCCCCACCUGCCUGCACCACCCCUCAACUCCAACUCAAACACUUCGGUAAAGGAAAUAAUGAAAAUUUAUCCUAAAGCAUUUUUGAACUCUUGUACGAUGCGUGAGCAUUGUGGGGUGGGGGGGUGGUGGUGAAAGAUUACAUUAAUAACCACUUGUUCUGGGGGUUCUUAUUUUUGUAUCUACAUGUUGGAGAAGCCAGGGCUUCUGAUUAUCACUAAGAACUAAUGGAGCUUCUGUUUUCACCCCCUGCACCCAAAUAAUUCAAUCUGAUAAAUCAUGACUACGAUUGUUGAACUUCAACUCUGAUACAAUAUUACUCUCUCCACCAGCUGGUUUGUGUUCAGAACAGAAUUAAUGGGGAUUCAUUUUCUCGCUGGGAGACUUUUAAGACCUUUAUGAUGGUUGAAAUGGUCGAAUAUCUGGUUAGCUGUUAGAUUUCAGUGUUGUCACUACAUUUCAGUAUCAAGUAACGUUCUCUAAAAUUUUCUUAUGUUCAUCACAUAACAGCGCAAUGACAGAUUAUGCCUUUCUGAAUUUUAGUUGUGGCUGAUGAGUAUUUUGAGCUGCGUAAUGGUAGGUGAAGUACUGGUAUGUACGGGUCUGUCACUGGUUUUAGUGGCAAGUUAAGAGUGUUCCCUUUCUUAUGUCCCCGUGGCAUCAAUAUGCUAAAUCAGCAUGGCAAGAGCACCGAAAUGGCUGUGUCCUUUGGAUGUGGUAGUCAACAGGGCUGAGAUUUGAGCAGAAGCAGUUUUGUCUCAGAAAAUCAGUACUUUUUUUUUUGACAAGUGGCCAGUGUAAGAUCACUGCAUCACACACCUGGGGGGGUGGCAAGGGGGGGUGCCUCACAGCACAUCAAGAGAGUUAGACUUGUCAUGUUUGACAGAAGAACUGUGUUCUAUUAACUGACUUCUAGCACAGAUAGGUGUAGUGAUGACUAUUGUGGUUUAAUGUAUGGCCUUGCUGUGGAAAUCGAUUUUAUUCCAGAUGAAAAGUAUCUUACAGCGUUUACAGGUUGUGACCUACUGAAGCAGCUUAACUGCCAUCCAGUGUUUUUAAUUUUCAACUAAGAAGCUUUAGUAAUGGAUUUUAAAAUUAGUUUGUAGAUGGUAUACAGUGGAAGAGUGUUGUGAUAAUUCCUGUCUCCAGGAAUUGCUGUCUCUUGGUAUUCCUUUUCAUUGUGUGUCCGACAUGUUACACACUCAAUGGUAACUUUCCUCUGAGGCUUUUUCUCUCUCUGAUUUUGAAUAUCUGCAAAGAUGCCGUGCUGUGUUGUCACCAGGAUUUCUAACAUGCGCUGGAAACGUGAAAUCUUCAUGCAGCAACAUUGCAAAUAUUUCUCCAUGGAUUUCAGUAAAGAUAAGCAAAAGUCCUGUGAAGUUACAAGUAAUCUGCCAACUUGAACUGUGAAGAGAGCAGUGGAAUGAGCUUCCAGAUAUUGUCCUGGCAAGCUUAAGUGUUCCGAGCUAGUGCUGACAAUUUAUAGGGCUGUUACUGUGGAGGCAGAAGCAGUUGGAGGUGAUGCAACGAAGUGUGUCAACGUCUAAGUGUAUUUAUUUAAUGUAUUUUCGCUAGUUUAAGGUUUCCAAUGACCAUACUGGAGUGGGACCCGUGCCUAUUCCGAUAAUUUGAGGAGCUUUAAAGUGUUUGUUUUAAAAGUCCUAAUUCUAAAUAAACACUUGGUGUUUUUUCUUUUUGCUUACAAUGUGAAAAGGGUGCCUCCACAGAGCUUGGCUUAAUUUAUUUGCUGCAAUUGCUCACUGUGGAGGAGACUGCUGCUGUAUUCCUUAAAAACAAAAAGAUAAAUAUAAGCUGCUUUUAUAUGUGCUACGGGUAAACUUGAUCCAUCUGCAGGAGACAUUGCAGUUGAUGGAGUUGCUGUUGAAAAACUACACCUGAUGGGCACCAAGGUAGGGAUAGAAUGCGUUUGGAGCAGGAGCCGCAGUGAUAUAUGCCCAGGUGGAUGAUUGCAUUUCUAGGUGGACUUAAAUGGACAAGACUGGAGCCUAAAACCUGUAGUGACAGUGCCAAUAUCUGAAGCAGAGCCACUAUUGAGAGAACCCUUACUUGAGGGGAGGCAACACCUUUCCCGUUAAGAAUUUGUACCCAAGUUUCAUGAAUAAUCUAUCAUGUUCUUUUUUACAGACAUGUUUGUAGGAAGUACUUGAGUUCCAUUACCUUUUUAAGUGUAUCUUUGUAAACUCUGUAUCCUUCAGACAUGUGCUGCCCACCCUCACCAGCCCAGCUCCCCCUCGUACAGUCUGGUAUCACCUCCCGCACUGAGAUGCUGACCUUUUAGCCACUGGCUUUUUAAAAAAAACAUCUACUGAUGUAACUUUUGUUCUGUUUUGCUAGUGGCUGAUCUUGUAGAACAGUAUGUGUUCUUUGGGUUGGGGAUUAUGUCGUCCAAAUGACCUAAGUAAAUCCAACUUGGCCUUGACCACCUGGUUAUUGGACCGCUGUAUCCAUUGGGUUUUUAAAGCCUAUCCCACUUAGGAUGCUAUAGUUGGUAGAAGUUUAUCAGAAUUGUUUUAAAUAACUAUGAUAUAUUUACCAGCACCUCCCACCCUGGUUUGCUUUUUCUGUCCUUCAUGCUGAGAGCCCUGUAUACACAUUCUCGUAUCUCUGCCCUUCACACUGUCCUUGUCAGCUCAGUGCAGAGGAUGUAGAUUUCUAGGUAACCCUGUUGUUAGCAGAGAGGAGCAACUUGAGCAUGCAGGUGGUGGUCUCUCUUUCUGACCCCUCCCCAGCCUCCAAGUGGCAAUGCUAUUCAUCAUGCUGGACCAAGAAACUUGCCAAUAUAUUGACAAUUUGAAUGACCCAUUGAAGCUCUGUACAAGACUCAACACUAUUGCUGGAGGCUGAACCAGUAUUAAUUAACAGGAGUGUGAUUGUAGAGUAUCCAUUUCUUGCUUCAUUGCUAGGAGCAAGUGAAUCUAAACUAAGACACACCUUUUAUUCUUUCAUGGAAUGUGGGUGUCGUUGGCAAGGGUGCUUGUAAGGGUAGAGUGAAACAACAUCUAUACCUUAGUGAAUAUGUCCCCUAUCAGCAGCCAUCUGGUGUCUUGUUUGGGUAAAUGGUCACUUGUCUGAUAUUGAUGUAUGAAAUUUCAUAAUUUAUGACUGGACUCCUUGAUUUAAAAAAAAAUCAAGAGGGUUUAAAAACCUAAAACUUUCCUUCCACGCAGAGAAAGCUCAACACUAACUGGUUGGUGUGUGUUUUUCAAUGUUUUCAAAGAUGGAAUGUGGAUGGUGAGCAGUUCUUGCUGUUGGAGGAUAUAUCAAAUUCAGUAUGAAAACGCUGUAUACUAUUGUAGAACUACGUUUUGAUGAAGAAUAAAAAAAAUUUGCACAUCUAAA